AUGGUAUACAAGAUCAUCUCCAAAAUUCUGACUAUUAGGCUUCAAAAAGUGAUUUCAGAAGUUGUAAGUGAGUGUCAAUCUGGUUUUAUACCAGGUAGAUAUAUUGCUGACAAUAUUCUACUUGCUACAGAUCUAAUCAAAGGCUAUGGAAGGGCUCAUCUCUCUCCUAGGUGUGUGCUAAAGGUUGAUCUGAAAAAAGCAUAUGAUUCAGUUGAGUGGAGCUAUCUCAAUACAGUGUUGCAAGAGCUUGGUUUUCCUGAACUGUUUGUGCAAUGGAUUAUGGCCUGUGUUACUACAGUGUCCUACUCAAUCCUCAUUAAUGGGAAACCUAAUAAACCUUUCCAGGCUAAGAAAGGUUUGAGGCAAGGGGAUCCCCUCUCCCCUUUCCUUUUUGCUAUUGGGAUGGAGUAUCUGACUAGGUGUAUGCAGCAAUUACAGGCUUCUCCAGAUUUUAACUUUCAUCCUAAGUGUGAGAGGCUUAACAUCACCCACUUGAUGUUUGCAGAUGACUUACUGUUAUUUGCAAGAGUUGAUAUGAUCUCAUUAAAAUGCUUCUUGCUGCUUUCCAUAAGUUCUCUUCUGCCUCUGUGCCAGAUUUUCAUUCUCCCUAAAAAGAUUAUAAAAGAAGUUGAAGGUUUUUGUAGGGUUUUUCUUUGGACUGGUAGUACUGCUAGCUCAAAGAAGGCCUUGGUUGCUUGGGAAAAGAUGUACCUACCUAAAACAGCUGGUGGCUGGAACUUGAAAAACAUCACAGUAUGGAAUAAAGUAGCUAUUGGUAAGCUCCUUUGGGCUUUGGCUUUUAAGAAAGAUAAACUGUGGGUUCAGUGGGUAGACAAAUAUUAUAUGAAAGGUCAGGAUCCACUGACUUGUAAUGUUCCUAAUACUUGUUCUUGGGCUUUGAAGAAGAUUUUGGGUUGCAGAACCUUUAUUCAGCAGAUUGGUGGGUGGAGUAAUUCUACUCAUAAUGGCAAAUACUCUAUUAGUAAAGUAUAUAGAGGGCUGCAAGGUGAUCAUACUAAAGUUCCUUGGAGGAGAGUGAUUUUUAAUAAUCAUGCAAGCCCUAGAAGUAUUUUCAUCACUUGGCUAGCUGUUCUUAACAGAUUAUAUACUGCUGACAGAAUUCAGGCUUGUGGUAUCAACUGUAGUGAUGUGUGUGUUCUUUGCAAUUCUGGGAAGGAAACUGUUGAGCACCUGUUCUUUGAGUGCCUAUUUUCUGCUGCUGUUUGGCAGAGAGUUUUGAGAUGCAUUGGGAUCUCUAGAAGAGGGAAUGGCUUUGCUAGUGAGCUAAAUGCAGUUGUUAAGAGGAGCAGGAAGACUAGUGGUUGCUCUGUGCUUUAUGUCAUGUGUUUCACUGAAACUGUCUACCAUAUCUGGCUUGCUCGAAAUGCUGCUGUUUUUAGACAGACUAGGAGAUCUAUUUAUAGUAUUGUUAAAGACAUUCUCUUUAGAGUUGUAAUUUCUGCUCUACCCCUUGAGGUUUCUCAAGGAUUUGACUGCUUUUGUUGCUUGUUGUUCUGUUCUGCUAUGGUUCUGCCUUCUUAUUCUGAUCUGCGGAUUUUAUUCUGCUUCUGUUCUUCCGGUUCUUCCCCUGAUCUGCUGCUGUUCUGCGGGUUCUGCUUUGUUGCUUAUGGUGUGCUUAGUGUCUCUGAUGUGUUCCAAAUCAAUGUUUCAGGCUUCUGUUAUUCUUGA